AUGGAGUAUGGAGGUAAUUCUGAUGGCCAACCCUGUGUCUUCUCCUUCAUCUACUUGGGAAAGAGAUACUUCACCUGUACGACUAAAAAUUCACAUAAGGCUUGGUGCGCCACGACAAGGAACUAUGAUAAGGACAAGAAAUGGAGCUUUUGUGCUGACACGAGACUAUGUGGUGAUCCCUGUGCCAUUCCAUUCGAGUACAAUAACACCAUUUAUCAAGGUUGUACAACAGUUGACUCACCCAAUGGGAAACCCUGGUGCUCUCAGACCAAAAACUAUGAUGUGGAUCGGAAGAGGGUUUUUUGUGAAGCUUCAGAUAACAAACCCUGUGUCUUUCCCUUCACUUACAAAAAAAAGACCUUUUCUUCAUGCACUACAUAUGGGACUCUAGAUGAGCAACUUUGGUGUGCCACGACUCGAAACUGUAAACGUAAUAAUAACGAAUGGAAGUGGUGUGCAACUCAAGAAUAUGGAGGUAAUUCUGGUGGCCAACCCUGUGUCUUCCCCUUCUUCUAUCGGAAAAAGGUAUACUACACCUGUGCCACUAAAAAGUUUGACAAGCCCUGGUGCGCCACGACGGGCAACUAUGAUAAGGACAAGAAAUGGAGCUACUGUGCUGACACAAGACUAAGCGCUGAACCUAUGGGUCCCUGCAUCUUUCCGUUCGUCUUUGAAGGCAAAAAUCACUCAACGUGUGUAAGAGACAGCUGGCCCAAUGGGAAACUCUUUUGCUCUCUCACCGACAACUAUGAUGCUGAUCUCAUGAAGGUUCCUUGUGCAGAUACAGGGGCCACCACAGAAAAGGCCCAAGACUGGGUCAUGGCAGAUUUUAUCUGCUUGAAGAAAAAGAUGUAA